CUUGUUGUGAGCCAUAGAUGUCGCCACCAGUGACAGGUGACAUAUGACGUGGAUCUUGAAAUGUGUAACAAAUGUAAAAUGUUUUUUUAAACUUUUAAAAUAAAUUAAAAUCAAGCAUUUGACGCGUUUUUUGUGUUUGUGACCACUUGGCAUAAGCCGUUCUGCGAUGGCCACCUACGAAGAAUACAUCCAGCAGAAUGAGGACCGCGACGGCAUCCGUUUCACUUGGAACGUGUGGCCGUCGAGUCGCAUCGAAGCCACCCGUUUGGUGGUCCCCCUCGGUUGUCUCUACCAACCCAUCAAGGAGCGCCAAGACCUGCCCCCCAUCCAAUACGACCCUGUCCUAUGUACCCGUAACAACUGUCGUGCGAUUCUGAACCCGCUGUGUCAAGUCGACUACCGGGCAAAGCUGUGGGUUUGCAAUUUCUGUUUCCAACGGAAUCCGUUUCCGCCUCAAUAUGCGGCCAUUUCCGAGCAACACCAACCGGCCGAACUCAUGCCAAUGUUCUCCACCAUUGAGUACACAAUAACACGCGCCCAAUGCCUGCCCCCCAUCUACCUCCUAGUCGUCGAUACGUGCAUGGACGAGGAGGAGCUGGGGGCCCUUAAAGACUCGCUUCAGAUGUCUUUGAGCCUUCUCCCGCCGACGGCCCUCAUAGGGCUCAUCACAUUCGGGAAAAUGGUCCAAGUUCACGAACUGGGCACUGAGGGCUGUAGCAAAUCGUACGUUUUUCGGGGGACCAAAGACCUGACAGCUAAACAAAUCCAGGAGAUGCUCGGGAUUGGGAAAGUGGCCGUGGCGCAGCCCCAGCGAGGGGCCCCGCAAGCCCCCAUCCCGCCCGCCAGUCGGUUCCUCCAACCCAUCUCAAAGUGCGAUAUGAGUCUGACUGAUUUGAUCGGGGAGCUGCAAAGAGACCCCUGGCCUGUGGGGCAAGGCAAGCGGCCCUUGAGAUCAACAGGGGCGGCCUUGUCCAUAGCAAUAGGGCUCCUUGAGUGCACGUAUGCCAAUACGGGGGCCCGGGUUAUGAUGUUCCUAGGGGGGCCCUGCUCGCAAGGGCCGGGUCAGGUGGUUAACGACGAUUUGAAACAACCAAUCAGGUCGCAUCAUGAUAUUCAGAAAGAUAACGCCAAGUAUAUGAAGAAGGCGAUCAAGCAUUAUGAGGGGUUGGCUAUGAGGGCUGCCACUAAUGGGCAUUGUGUUGAUAUUUAUUCGUGUGCUUUGGACCAAACGGGGCUGAUGGAGAUGAAGCAGUGUUGCAAUUCGACGGGGGGGCAUAUGGUUAUGGGGGACUCGUUCAAUUCGUCGCUUUUUAAACAAACGUUUCAGCGGGUUUUUGCAAGAGAUGCCAAGAAUGAGCUGAAAAUGGCCUUCAAUGCCACACUGGAAGUCAAGUGUUCAAGGGAACUCAAAGUGCAAGGAGGUAUUGGCUCUUGUGUGUCCCUCAAUGUGAAAAGUCCCCUCGUUUCGGACACUGAAAUCGGAAUGGGUAACACAGUCCAAUGGAAAAUGUGCACUUUGACGCCGAGUGCAACAAUUGCCCUAUUUUUCGAAGUGGUCAAUCAACAUUCGGCCCCCAUACCGCAAGGAGGCCGUGGAUGCAUUCAGUUCAUAACACAAUAUCAACAUUCGAGCGGCCAGAGGCGCAUUCGCGUUACAACCAUCGCCCGAAAUUGGGCCGAUGCCACGGCCAACAUCCACCACAUCAGCGCCGGCUUUGACCAGGAAGCGGCGGCUGUUUUAAUGGCCCGCAUGGCCGUUUAUCGAGCUGAAACCGACGAAAGCCCCGAUGUGUUGCGAUGGGUCGACCGUAUGUUAAUUCGUCUGUGCCAAAAAUUCGGCGAAUACAACAAAGACGACCCUAACAGUUUCCGUUUGAGUGAAAACUUCAGUCUCUAUCCCCAAUUCAUGUACCAUUUGCGCCGCUCCCAAUUCCUCCAAGUUUUCAACAACUCCCCAGACGAGACCUCGUUCUACCGCCACAUGCUGAUGCGGGAGGACCUCACCCAAAGUCUCAUUAUGAUCCAGCCGAUUUUAUACAGUUAUAGUUUCAACGGCCCCCCUGAACCCGUCCUCCUCGACACUAGUUCCAUUCAACCCGAUCGAAUCCUUCUCAUGGACACAUUUUUCCAAAUUUUGAUUUUCCACGGUGAGACAAUCGCCCAAUGGAGGAACCUCAAGUACCAGGACAUGCCAGAGUACGAGAAUUUCCGGCAAUUGUUACAAGCACCGGUGGAUGACGCCCAGGAAAUCCUCCAGACGAGGUUCCCCAUGCCUAGGUACAUCGACACGGAACAAGGGGGCUCCCAAGCCAGGUUUUUACUAUCGAAAGUCAACCCGAGCCAAACACAUAACAAUAUGUACGCGUACGGAGGGGCGGUACCUGCGAGUGCGGACGGCGGGGCCCCGGUUUUGACCGACGACGUCUCGUUGCAAGUGUUUAUGGAUCAUUUGAAGAAACUGGCGGUCUCUUCAACGGCUUAAACUACUUUAUUCUUAUUUAUUAAGUACAAUAGUAACAAGAAAAUAUCUCUGGUUAAGUGUUACAAUUAUAAUAAAUAUAUUACACAUACAUUA